AUGACACGCGGGACUGGUGGCUGCCACAUCGGUCGCACACAGGCCGGAUUGUUCCCCAACUGGUCUCCAGAGCGCCGGUCGACGACAGGCCCUGGUGGCGGCGGCGACAGCCGGUGUGUAAGUGUUUGCGUUGCCAGCCGCUCGACCGUCACAUCGACCGUAUUUUCAAGGAAAUGACGCUCUAGAGACGAUCCCGGACGCCCGCCGCACGAGGAGGGGCCAGUCCCCCCCCUGUCCGUCCGUCUGUCCAGCAACCUCGGACGCUAGCGGAGCUUUUCCGCCCCUCCCUGGGAGGGAAUCCCAGCACGCCCCGAACGGCGGCACGAAAGGGACUCCACGAGCCCGGAACAGCGAGAUCUCUCCCCGAUUCCCCCGCCUGUUUGAUCUCCCCACACCACCCUAGCCGAGAGGGAGCUGCUGCAUGGGUGGCAUUUGUUAAACCCACAGGAGGGCGUCUUGUCGGUACCUAUCGCCUCUCGACCCUGGCUCCGAUACGGGAGACCUGUGGGCGAGCUGAAGAUCGGUGGUCGAGGGGCUUGGGAGGUGGCUUGGAACCUAGGUGGGAAUGGGACGUCGGACGGAGGGCCGGCGCGAUUGAGUGAGGCCGACGACAGGCUCCCGGGGCUGACGGCAAGGAAUGAGAAGUGAAGGGUGAGCAAUGUGGCGAGGACGACCAUGACAGCCAUCGACCAGGACAGCCAUCCCAUGUCUGCCGUCGGUUUGCCUUGUCAUGACCGUCGGCAAAUACGGUGAAUAUCCCUCCCCGUCGAAGCCUCCCCGCUGAGAGGCGACCAAGACCAGGCAGACAGAACGUACUGCACCGGACGUACUGCA